GCCCUGCUGCCCGCCGCGGGCCCCGGGGCGCCGGGGCGCUGAGCAACAGUUGGCCCCGCCGCCGCCCAGCAUGAAAGUGUGCCGGCGGAAGGCGCUGGCGCUGUGCCUGGGCUACGCGCUGCUGCUGCUGCUCGCCGCGCUCAACCUGCUGGAGUACAAGUGGCGGCGGGAGCCGCGGCGCUGCGGGGAGCCCCCGGCAGCCCCCCGCCAUCACCCCCCGCCGCCGCCGCCGCCGGCCGGGAGCCGCGGCCCGGCGGGCGCCCGGCGGCAGCUGGUCUAUGUCUUCACCACCUGGCGCUCGGGCUCGUCCUUCUUCGGGGAGCUCUUCAACCAGAACCCCGAGGUCUUUUUCCUCUACGAGCCGGUGUGGCACGUCUGGCAGAAGCUGUACCCCGGUGACGCCGUCUCGCUGCAAGGGGCGGCCCGCGACAUGCUGAGCUCCCUGUACCGAUGCGACCUCUCCGUCUUCCAGCUCUACAGCACGGCGGGCGCCGGCAAGAACCUCACCACGCUCGGCAUCUUCGGAGCGGCCACCAACAAGGUCAUCUGCUCCUCGCCCCUCUGCCCGGCGUAUCGCAAGGAGGUGGUGGGGAUGGUGGACGACCGGGUGUGCAAAAAGUGUCCCCCGCAGCGCCUCAGCCGCUUCCAAGAGGAAUGCCACAAGUACCACACGCUGGUCAUCAAGGGCGUACGUGUCUUUGACCUGGCCGUCCUGGCCCCGCUCAUGCGGGACCCGACCCUGGACCUCAAAGUCAUCCAUCUGGUGCGGGACCCCCGGGCCGUCGCCAGCUCCCGCAUCAAGUCCCGGCACGGCCUCAUCCGGGAGAGCCUGCAGGUGGUGAGGAGCCGGGACCCCCACAUCCACCGCAUGCCCUUCCUUGAUGCUGGCCACAAGCUGGGCGGGAAGAAAGAGGGGGGGGGCGGCUCGGACUACCAUGCCCUGGGUGCCAUGGAGGUCAUCUGCAGCAGCAUGGCCAAGACCCUGCAGACUGCUCUGCACCCCCCGGACUGGCUGCAGGGCAAUUACAUGGCCGUGCGCUACGAGGACCUGGUGGUGGAGCCCAUCAAGACCCUGCGGCAGGUGUACGGCUUUGUGAACCUGGCAGUCAGCCCGGAGAUGGAGAAGUUCGCCCUCAACAUGACCAGUGGCCCCGGCUACUCCUCCAAGCCGUUCGUGGUGUCGGCCAGGAACGCCACCCAGGCGCUGAGUGCCUGGAGGACUGCGCUCAGCUACCAGCAGAUCAAGCAGGUCGAGGAGUACUGCCAGCAGCCCAUGGCCCUGCUGGGCUACGAGCGGGUCGGCAGCCCCGAGGAGGUGAAGGACCUCAGCAGAACGUUGCUCAGGAAGCCGCGGCUGUGACGGGGCAGCGGCGCCCGGGGGUGGCGGAGCCCGGGCAGAGGAGCCGCUCCGGCUGCCCUUGAGUGAGGGAGGGAGCCGGGUAAAGCAACCUGGGCUCCGAUUUCCUCCAAAGACUGCUGAAGGGUAACAUACAGUGAUGUGAUGAUUUCGUGGGUUUUUUUUUUUUUGUUUUUUGUUUUUUUUACCCGCCCCCUUUGCUUUGAGUUAGAUGCGAUUUAAAAAACAAAAUCAAGUGGAACUGAAAAUAUGUGUAAAGCCCCUUCCUCCUUCUCUAAAACGCCAAUGUCUUGUUCAUGAAGUUCUUGUGGGUUUAAAGAUGGUAACAAAAACUCUUGCACAAUUCCUAACACAUCUUUAUCUCCCUUGAUGCGGAGGGGAUGCCCUUGGAAAACAAUGCUGAAAAUCAGACUUUUGUAUGAAAGCAAAUGUUCAGACAUGAUAGUAAUAAAAGAAAAUAAUAAAUGAUAUUCAUUUUUAUAAUUACCUCAAUUGUUUGGGAAAUACAGUGUUGCUUAUGUACAGCUGGAGGGGAUGCUUGCUUAAAAUAACAACGUGGACUUCUUAAAGGGUAUGGGCGGAGGGCUGGAGUGAAACAUUUGAUUUGUUCAAAGAACAGGAGCUGCUCUUGCAGAAACAAAUACAGAUCUUGCAAGUAUAGUGCAGGUUUCAUGGCUGUGUCAAAGCAGGUUUCUAUUUAACUAUUGUCUUUUCUGUUGUAUUUAAAAAGUCUUUCAAGUGCCACUGUACUGGUGUCCUAAGAGUUUUAAAACGUUUGCCAUCGCAGCAGUAUUUAUUUUUGUCUUGACAUGUAUGUCCAGGAGUCACUGUCAAAUAGAAGUGGGUCUACAGCGUGACAAGAAAUGCAGGAUUUAAAAAGACAUUUAUCGUACUGGAAACAUUAGCAUGUGUGACAACAAAAAUAAAAUUAUAUAUAUUCUAUAUAUUCUAUAGUGCUAACAAAACAUAAGAUGUAAGAUAUUUCUUGACAUUGAUUGGUAACAGGCAGAGCAGGGAAGCAUAGAAAAAUGCACAAAAUGAUUUAUUUUUUCCCUUUGUCUGUGUCUGAGGGUAUAUUUAUGUACGAAGAGGGAGGAAAUGUACAGCUGUGUGUUCAUGGCUGUAAGAGAGCUUUGAUGGAGCCAGCCCAGCGUUUGAUUUCAGAGCGCUGGUUGGAGACUCAUUGCCUGUGAAUUGUCAUUGCUCUGUGAUGGAGCCAGAUGGUGGUCUGGCUCUUUCUGGGAGCUCUGCCUAGAGUCUGUCCCAUCGUUACAACUUGAUGAUUAAAAAAAAAAAAGGGAAAAAGAGAUUUUACUACUUCCGCUUUUGUAAUUUCUUGGAAAAAGUCCUGGUUUAUUAAAGGUUAAGUGGUGUGUUGCAUAUGAAAAGUGCAGGCACCCUAAGUAGUUUUUAAUCUUGGUGUUCUCUGCUGCUCUUUGAAGGCUCAUUUUGGAACUUGAGUUUUUAAACAAAUGUAGUUUUGCCAAACUGUUCUCUUAGGAGACUACAGACUUUUCUACAGGAAGUACAUUUUACAUUGCCUAUUUGGGUGUUGUGCCUUCAGAAAAUGUGAAGAGUAUGAGAAGAAAAAGGAGAUUGAUUUGUGAAAAUAAAUUAAUAUAAACAGGAUGCCGAUACGUGUGUGUGUAUGUGUGGGUGUAUGUGUGAAAAUUUUAGUGAUGUGUAAUAUGUCUAUUUCUUGUAACUCAAGUUAAAGAGCUGAUAACUGGCUACUAAGAUUUUUGAGUUCUUGAUGAAAUUUUGGCAUUAGAUGUUGAAUUUAUUCUGAAAAGGAAAAACAUUUAAUAAACUAGUUAAAAGAUUAUUGCAUAA